CAGAUUUUUCCGCCCAGGUGAAUUCGACCUCCUUAAGUUCUCCCACCGGCCGGGGAAGCCAUAUGGGCACACCUGCCCUCCACCCCUCCAUGGGGCCCAGCCUCGGAGGCUCCUUGGGGUCGCCCAGCCAGCUCCACUCGCCCAUCAACGGCAUGGGGCCACCCUUCUCCGUCAUCAGCUCCCCGAUGGGGCCUCACCCCAUGUCUGGACCCUCCACCCCCGGCCUCGGAUACGGAGCUGGCAGCCCGCAGCUCAACUCCCCCCUGAACCCCGUGAGCAGCACAGAAGACAUCAAGCCCCCCCUGGGCAUCAAUGGGGUACUCAAAGUGCCAAUGCACUCUUCCUCCGCCAUGCCCGCCUUCACCAAGCACAUCUGCGCCAUCUGUGGAGACCGCUCCUCAGGCAAGCAUUACGGGGUGUACAGCUGCGAGGGCUGCAAGGGCUUCUUCAAGCGGACGGUGCGCAAGGACCUGACCUACACUUGCCGGGACAACAAGGAUUGCCUGAUCGACAAGCGCCAGCGGAACCGGUGCCAGUACUGCCGCUACCAGAAGUGCCUGGCGAUGGGCAUGAAGAGGGAAG